AUAAAAUUUUCGAUCAAUUUGUUCCGUUAUUGUGCAGUGACAGUGUCUGUGUUGAAAUGAAGUGUUUAUUGAUAUUAUCAGCGCUGCUGAUUGGGAUGAAAGGCAUCCUAGGUCAUUCAAUCAUGAAAUUGGGGAUCCAAAACGAAACGAAAGGAGAUAUCUACGAAAUAAAAGAGGAUAAAGAAACCAACACCAUAACGUUUGCGAACCCCAAAGUUGAGAAGCCAACGCUCAGGGAGAUCGUGUACUACCACAUGAUAGAGCGACCUUAUGGACAAGAGGACAAGGAAAGUCCAGAAUUCGAUGACACAAUGAGACCUUUUACUAACAGCCACGGGUUCCCGUUUUUGGAGUCGGUGGAAAAGGAAGCAGAUGUCAUUGAGGACGCUAAUAAAGAAGACUCUACAGAAAUGAAAGACGUGAUAGUAGAUGAAACACCAAUUGAAGACGAUGCUGUGGAAGUGAUAUAUUACUAUGACGAGGAUGAAGCUUUUAAAAAUCCAAUUGAAUUCGAAGAAAGGGAAAUACCGACAACUCAUGCCCCGGAGGAAGUAACUAAGUUCGAUGCUUUCAAAACAACAGUCCUACAAAAAAUAUCUGAAGAAGAAAACGAAGAAACAACGACGCAAGUGCCUGUUACUACUGUCACUGCAGAGCCUGUCUUUGAAAAGAAGGCGAAAUCUACGAGAAAACUACUAUUUGAUCGAGUAAAAGAGAAAUAUUAUUCAAAGAAUGAAACGCAGAGUUCCCCACCAUCGGAGCGAAGAAAAAGAGAAAUAAGCAUGGUAAGUUCUUCAACCAAGUAG